AUGACGUUAGCCAUAAUUCUCGAAUAUAUUCGACCUCAUGGGACCAUCUUCAUAAUUUCGGCAUUUGUAACGCUUUUUGUAAUCAUAGCUUUCAAACUUAGCGAAGAUAAAGUAGUUGAAUUUUCGGUGUCUGUGCCUGCUGAGGCCAAACCGGGAUGGAAUGGCGGCAAGAUUUUAGAUAAACCGAAUUUGAAGGAUCCGAAAAAUCUUGGAUACAUACAAUGCUAUGAUCCUGCGACAGGUCAACUUUUGGAUAUCAUAAAAGCCCACACGGAGAAAGACGUUUCCGAAGCUCUAAGAAAAGCCCGCAACGCUCAGAAAAAGUGGGCACAAACUUCAUUCGCCGAAAGAAGAACAGUUUUAAAGAGUCUAUUGAAUUUCAUUGUGAAGAAUCAAGAGGAAAUUUGUUGGGUUUCGUGCAGGGAUACGGGAAAAACUUUUGUUGAUGCAAAGUUUGGAGAAAUCAUGGUUACGUGCGAAAAGAUUCGAUGGACAAUUAAGAAUGGUGAGAAAGCGAUUUCACCACAAUAUCGGGAGUCACCCAUGAUCAUGCCCUAUAAGGUACCGAAAAUUGUAUUCGAACCACUGGGCGUUGUGGCAGCUUUGAUCUCUUGGAAUUAUCCGUUUCACAACUCGUUUGGGCCGAUAAUAUCUGCGUUGUUUGCAGGAAAUGGAAUAUUGGUAAAGUGUUCGGAACAAGUCGCAUGGUCAAUGAAUUAUUUCAGUCAAAUCAUAAAAAAUUGCUUAGCACAAUGUGGACAUGAUCCUGAUGUUGUGCAAUUCCUUUGUGGCUUUCCUGAUUGUGGUGAGGCUCUUGUGAGAAGCGGAGUUGACGGAAUAACCUUCAUCGGUUCGCCGCAAGUGGGGCGAAAAGUAAUGCAGUCAGCAUCAGCGACAUUAACUCCCUGCAUCUUAGAAUUGGGUGGCAAGGAUUGUGCAAUCAUUCGACAUGAUGCAAACCUAGAUCGAACGAUUCCAAUAGUCUUGCGAGGUGUAUUUCAAAACUCGGGACAAAAUUGUAUUGGUCUGGAAAGGAUCAUUGUACACGAAAAAUUGCACGACGAAUUUGUGAAAAGGGUUUAUGAUAAGGUCAAGCUGAUGAGGGUGGGAUGUUCGUUGAAUGACGAAGAUAGAGUUGAUGUCGGGGCGAUCACCAUGAGCGAUCAGUCUGAAAGGAUCACAGCCCUCAUAAAAUCUGCAGUGUCCGCAGGUGCUACUCUCGUGCAUGGUGGUCACCCUUACUUUCAUCCAAACUAUAAAACAGCCCAGUAUUACACUCCGACCCUCUUGACCAACGUGACCUCCAAAAUGGAAAUUUCACAAACAGAAGUGUUUGCUCCGGUGAUGGUAAUAAUGAAAUUUAAAACUGACGAAGAAGCCAUCGAGAUAGCAAACAGUGCACCUUACGGCUUGGGAAACUCGAUAUUCACCUCAAAUCAGGAUGAAGGAGAUUUGAUGGCGAGAAAGUUGAAAUGUGGAAUGGUCGGUGUGAAUGACUUUGGCGUUACCUACAUGUGCAAUUUACCAUUUGGCGGAGUUGGUGGUUCCGGUUUUGGAAGAUUUGGAGGUGUGGAAGGAAUGAGAUCACAAUGCUUAAUGAAGUCGGUGGCAUUGGAUCGAUAUCCCUCAUUAAUUCAAACCACCAUACCACAGGCCCUGAAUUACCCGAUUUCCACCAAUGGAUCAAUGUUUGUGAACAGCUUGAUUAGAGCGAUUUACGGAAAUAGUUUGGUGGACAAAAUAAAGGCUAGCAUCACGAUGAUUCAGGGAGGCAAAAGGAAAUUUUGA